ACUUCUGUGAAUUGUUCGACCCUAUCCUGACCUCCCAGAACCCAUCACUCAGACAACAAAAAGGGAACUGGGGACCUCAGUACUUCUCCGGGAAUGCUUUUCUUCAUCCACAGCACAGACCCACGGAACCCAAAAAAGAAUACCAUGGUGCUCAAAGUGCCAGUUCACGUUUACCUACUCCCACUCAAAAUGAGAGACUUUCUUUUCAUCCUAAUAAUGAUAAGAUGACAGAGGAAAUUAAACCAUUUAUUAUUUGGCCACUUGACUGUGAGACGUUUGGGAAAGAAUUCUGUGAAUGGUACUACCCUCUCCUGAACUCCCAGAACCCAUCACUCAGACAAGAAAAAGGGGGCUGGGGACCUCAGCACUUCUCCAGCAAUGCUGCUCUUCAUGUAGAGCACAGACCCAUGGAACUAAAGAGGCAAUACCAUGGUGCUCAAAGUGCCAGUUCACGUUUACUUGCUCUCAUUCAGAAAGAGAGACUUUCUUUUCAACAUAAUAAUGAUAAGGUAAAAUGUGUGAAUUCCCCAAAGGGAUUUGUGGAGGUGACUGCAGCAGGCUUAGUCCUCAGGGAUAAAGCAUACCUGGGUACAUUUGAUCAGAGAUUUAGACUAACGGCCAGUUCACAAGAUAAGAAAUUUAAGAUCAGUCAGAGUAUCCUGAACAUAAAUCCUCAAAGUUCCAAGUUCCGUCACUAGUGCAAUCUAUACAGUACUGUAUGUUAAACUUUACUUUUUAUAACAUUGAGCCCAGGGCUGUUUCUAGCCAAUUUGGCUCCCAGUGCGAGAUUUCAAAAUGCGCCCCCUCCCCCCAUUGACAUAAAAAAAUGCACCCCCCCCAUAGAUAUUUGUUUUUUAAAGUGCACUCCCGACAAGGGUGUGUGGCCUCGUUAAAAUGAGCGUGGUCUCAGUAAAAUGGGCGUGGCCUCAUCUGAUCUCAUCAUCACGCCCACCACAGGAAAAAAAUAAAAUAAAUAAAAAGUCCCCAUUUUACACAUUACGGCAGGCAAGAGUCCCCAUUUUACAAAGUACGACAGGCAAGAAUCCCCAUUUUACACAGUACGGCAGGCAAGAGUCCCCAUUUUACACAGUACGCCAGGCAAGAGUCCCCAUUUUACACAGUACGGCAGGCAAGAGUCCCCAUUUUACACAGUACGCCAGGCAAGAGUCCCCAUUUUACACAGUACGCCAGGCAAGAGUCCCCAUUUUACACAGUACGGCAGGCAAGAGUCCCCAUUUUACACAUUACGCAGGCAAGUGUCUCCAUUUUACACAUUACAGCAGGCAAGAGUCCCCAUUUUACACAGUAUGGCGGCAAGAGUCCCCAAUUUACACAGUACGGCAGGCAAGUGUCCCCAAUUUACACAGUGUGGCAGGCAAGUGUCCCCAAUUUACAGUGUGGCAGGCAAGUGCCCCCAUUUUAUACAGUGUGGCAGGCAAGUGUCCCCAAUUUACAGUGUGGCAGGCAAGUGUCCCCAAUUUACAGUGUGGCAGGCAAGUGUCCCUAAUUUAUACAGUGUGGCAGGCAAGUGUCCCCAAUUUACAGUGUGGCAGGCAAGUGUCCCCAAUUUACAGUGUGGCAGGCAAGUAUCCCCAUUUUAUACAGUGUGGCAGGCAAGUGUCCCCAAUUUACAGUGUGGCAGGCAAGUGUCCCCAAUUUACACUGUGGCAGGCAAGUGUCCCCAAUUUACACUGUGGCAGGCAAGUGUCCCCAAUUUAUACAGUGUGGCAGGCAAGUGUCCCCAAUUUACACUGUGGCAGGCAAGUGUCCCCAAUUUAUACAGUGUGGCAGGCAAGUGUCCCCAAUUUACACUGUGGCAGGCAAGUGUCCCCAAUUUAUACAGUGUGGCAGGCAGGUGUCCCCAAUUUAUACAGUGUGGUAGGCAAGUGUCCCCAAUUUACACUGUGGCAGGCAACUGUCCCCAAUUUUUACAGUGUAGCAGGCAAGUGUCCCCAAUUUAUACAGUGUGGCAGGCAAGUGUCCCCUAUUUACACUGUGGCAGGCAACUGUCCCCAAUUUUUACAGUGUGGCAGGCAAGUGUCCAGUGGGGGGGAAGGAAGGGAGAGGGGGGAGGAAGGGACAACUUACAUAUGAUCUUCCCGCUCCUCGGGUCGGGCCGCCUCUUCUUCCUUGCGCCGGCCGCCUCCUCC